ACGUUUGCAACUAACAGUGAAGAAGAGACGCACAAAGAGUUAGCGUUACGGCUAACACUUUAUUUUUGUUACAUAGAGCUAUGCUGAAUUAAAGCUUGUUUUCAUGUAAUGAUUAAACAUAACGUGGCUCGUUUAAUGUAACACAGAGCGGGCUUUUUAACGGAUGAGCUGAAUCUGCCUUUUUCUCCUUAGCUUAGCUGGUUAGCUUAGCUGGUGUCAAACCUUUUUACGUCCGUGUUCACUCGGGAACGUCGAGACGCUGAAGCUGCGUAGGCUCUACGACUGACUUGGGUUUUGUUUUCUAAAUCAAACAGCGUGUGUUUGUGGGGUAAACGGCUACAACUUUUGCAUAGAAAGCGUCACAAGUCACCCUGCGAAACGAGGAAGUCUGAAUGAAAUCUGCAUUGAGCUUCUUCGAAUUUUUGCACUUCGCGCGAGAUUUGACGCUUCGCCUGAUGAGUUAAGUUUGUUUCUAUGAAAGUACACCAGAACAGGGUGCUGGAAACUGGAUUUUCCGUGGAAAUAUCAGGCCGACCCGUCCGCACUUUGACUCGUGUUGGUGGAGAAUAAAUUGGAGCCAAGAUGAUUCCCGAUAAAGCCCCGCAGGAGAACGUCUUCCACUGCUCCGAGGACCUGAAGAAGGAGUCCCACAUCCCGAGCUUUGACAAAUACAAGGAGCUCUACGUCCGCUCCAUAGAGAAUCCAGAUGAGUUCUGGGGCGCCAUUGCUAAAGAUUUCUUCUGGAAGACCAAACACGCCGGUCGGUUCCUGGACUACAACUUCGACGUGACCAAAGGAGAAAUCUUCAUCAAGUGCAUGGAAGGAGCCACCACCAACAUCUGCUACAACCUGCUGGACCGCAACGUCCACGAGAGGAAGCUCGGCGACAAGAUCGCCUUCUUCUGGGAAGGCAAUGAACCCGGAGACGACUUGACCGUCACCUACAGAGAGCUGCUGCAGAAGGUCUGCCGGUUCGCUAAUGUCCUAAAAUCCCAGGGAGUGAAGAAGGGCGACCGCGUCUCCAUCUACAUGCCCAUGGUGGUCGAGCUGGUGGUGGCCAUGUUGGCGUGCGCCCGCAUCGGAGCCGUCCACUCCAUCGUCUUUGCAGGUUUCUCCGCCGAGUCUUUGUGCGAGCGCAUCAUCGACUCUCAGUGCUUGCUGCUCAUCACUGCAGACGGUUUCUACCGAGGAGAUAAGCUGAUCAACCUGAAGCUCUUAGCAGAUGAAGCUCUGCAGAAAUGUAGAGACAAAGGAUUUCCACUGAAGCAGUGCAUAGUGCUGAAGCACUUAUCGAAGGAGCCGGAGGCGGCCGGAAGACAGUCUCCUCCCGCCAAGCGAACGUGUCCAGAUCUGGAGCAGGAGAAAAGGAAAAUAAAGAAAACACAUCAUGCUCCAAAGGUGCCCUGGAACCCGGACGUCGACUUGUGUUGGCACUCUCUGAUGAGUGGCGCUGCAGACGAGUGCGAACCCGAGUGGUGCGAGUCUGAAGACCCGCUCUUCAUUCUCUACACCAGCGGCUCCACCGGCAAACCCAAAGGCGUUCUUCACACGGUCAGCGGAUACCUGCUCUACGCCGCCACCACCUUCAAACUGGUGUUCGACCAUCAGCCCGACGACGUCUACUGGUGCACGGCGGACAUCGGCUGGAUCACCGGUCACUCCUACAUCACGUACGGGCCUCUGGCCAACGGCGCCACCAGCGUGUUGUUCGAGGGUUUGCCUACGUACCCCGACGUCGGCCGCAUGUGGCAGGUUGUGGACAAAUACCAGGUGACCAAGUUCUACACGGCGCCGACCGCCAUCAGGCUGCUGAUGAAGUACGGCAGCGAGCUGGUGCAGAAGUACAAACGCAAAUCGCUGAAGGUUCUGGGAACGGUGGGCGAGCCCAUCAACCCGGAGGCCUGGCAGUGGUACCACGGCGUGGUGGGAGACAAACGAUGUCCGAUCGUCGACACCUUCUGGCAGACUGAAACCGGCGGACACGUGCUGACUCCUCUGCCGGCGGCGACGCCCAUGAAACCCGGAUCCGCUACGUUCCCGUUCUUCGGCGUGGUGCCGGCCAUCUUGAACGAGUCUGGUGAAGAGCUGGAAGGGCCGAGUGAAGGAUACCUGGUGUUCAAGCAGCCGUGGCCGGGUGCGAUGCGGAGCAUUUACGGGAACCACGAGAGAUUCGAAGCCACAUACUUCAAGAAGUUUCCGGGAUAUUACGUCACGGGGGACGGUUGCCGAAGAGACAAGGACGGAUACUACUGGAUAACAGGGAGGAUAGACGACAUGUUGAAUGUGUCAGGCCACCUGCUGAGCACGGCGGAGGUGGAGUCAGCCUUGGUGGAGCACAAAUCGGUCGCCGAAGCCGCCGUGGUGAGCCGCCCGCACGCUGUGAAGGGAGAAAGCCUCUACUGCUUCGUCACGCUGAACGACGGCGUGGCGUACAGCCAGGCGCUGGAGGCCGAGCUCAGGAAGCAAGUGAGGGAGAAGAUCGGCGCCAUUGCCACUCCAGACUACAUCCAGAACGCGCCCGGACUUCCCAAAACCCGAUCCGGAAAGAUCAUGCGGCGGGUGCUUCGUAAAAUUGCCUGCAAUGAAAAGGAUCUGGGCGACGUUUCCACGCUGGCCGACUCCUCCGUCGUUGACGAGCUUUUCAGGAACCGAUGCGUCACCACGGCGUGACGACGCCCCCCGGAGACUCGCCACAGGAAGCGCAGAAGACGAGCCGGCGCUGCUGGAAAAUAUUUCCUCCUUCCGCUGCGGCGGCGGCAAAACGCUGCAGCGGCGGCGUUGCAGCCAGUAACGCAGCAACAACCCAAAGGUAGCAGCUCAGGGCGUUCAGAACCACCGGGCGGCUUCUUCUUUAUUCCUGGUUUCUGCUAGAAGACAGUCGAGUUUCUCUAACGGUCCAGUCAAAUCCAAGCCAUAACACUGAAUAACGUUUUUAGCAAGCUUUAUCUGUCAUUUAAAAGAAAAAUGUCUGUAACCAUUUUUUCUCCUGUCUGUUUUUAUUUGAACUGAAUUUAAUCAUAUUUUGUUGGCUGUUUCUGUGUGAACAUGUUUCUACAUCCGUUGGCUGGCAGAAAGUGCACUGCAAAAACAGAAAAAGCAGUUUUGAAAAUAUCUUGGUAUACUUGAAAAAGAAAAAACUAACUUACAAGUAACUUUUCAGCAAGAAACAGGAGCUAUUAAACCAAAUAAUUCCUUAAUAUCGCUAAAAAAGAACGAGUUUAACUGGCAGGUUAUUUCAUUUAUAACAUGGAAAAAUGUUUUGUUUUAAGGAAAAUAAAAUCUUCCAGUUAAACUCAUUUUUCUCACCAAUAUUAAGGAAUUAUUUACUUAAAACAAACUCAUCUAAAGUUAACUUGUAAGUAGGUUUUGUCUUACUUCAAGUGUACUAACAUAUUUACAAUAAAAACUAACCAGAAUUACUGGGUAGAAUUGUGUUUUUGAAGUGUAGAGAAGACAUUUAACUUAAAAUAACAACAAACUCAUCUUGAAACAUAAAAAAUAAAUCUUUGAAAGUUUAACCGUUCACUCUGAAAUCAGACAUAACAAAUUAAAUCUUUGUUGGGUAAGGAAAGCUGGUUUAGUCGGUAGCUGUAGUUGUAAAUAUUCAUGAUUUAAACUCAGAUUAACAGAAUUGUUUAUUUCCAUAAAAUAUCCACUCAUGUUUUAUUUCAUCUGUUGGUUUUGCUGUUUAAAAGCAGCUGGAGAAAUUAAACUACACACAUUGUACAUGCACGUCGUGGAUUUUUAUUUUUUAAUGUUGGUUUGUUUUCGUGUGCAGCCAGGUAUGAUGUUUGCUGCAAAACGCAGCAAACAUCAGGCGAAACCGGAACGGCUGCUGAUCUUUACAAACUUAUUGACUCGCGUCCAACUAAAGACACACAAAGACAAACCUUAGAUAAACGACAAAGUGCCUUUUUUUCCACACUGUUUCAGAUGAUCCAAUAAACGUGGCUGCGGAAAGCAUGCGAUAUUA